AUGAAGAGGGGGGUAGAUGAGAACAAUAAGGGCCCCAUGUUUCCAAGACUCCAUGUAAAUGAUACCGAAAAAGGAGGACCACGAGCUCCUCCGAGGAACAAGAUGGCUUUAUAUGAACAACUUACUAUACCCUCACAAAGGCUUAGCGGUGGCGAAUUGUUUCCAUUUAAACCCACUUCAACCGUCAAUUAUCCUCUGCCACCAUCAUCUUCUUCCCAAGGUGAAAUGAGUGGAAGGGGUUCGUUUUUCCCACUUUAUCAAACUCCUUUGCCACAUGUAGCUGAUAAAAUUAACAUGAAUCGGUAUUCUGACUCAAACAAUCAACUUGUGCAACGAGAGCAGAAAAAGAAACAAGAAGAUGAUGACUUUAGGGUCCCUAUCUUUGUUCAACAAUCUGGAAUAAACCCUGAUUGUAAUGGGAAUCAUCAAAACAAAAACAAUGAAGGCCUCUCCCCAUCCAGUUCAGCCUUUUCAUGUCGUUUCACAAACAUCCAAAGAAAUAACUCUCAAGACCUACCCAAAGCCGCCUUAAAUCAAUCAUCCAAACCAAUUCAAUUAAAGGAAGCAAAUGGUUCUUCAAGUUUUGAUCACAAAAAUGCUUUAAAUAAUUCUAUCAGAUUACAACGUAAUGGGAAUUCACGGGAAGCAGACAAUAAUAAUAGUGUCUUAAUUGAGACUAUUAGGACUGUGGGAUAUGGGAAUUCAUUGUUGCCCAUAAGGGAUGUUCAACAAGAAGUGUUGAGAAUUCCUAAUGAUCUUAUUAAUGGUGAUGUUGUCUCUGAGACUUCAAUGGUUGAUUAUGUAUCUGGAGUUGAUAUUUCUCCCGAUGAUGUUGUUGGAGUUAUUGGCCAGAAACAUUUUUGGAAGGCAAGAAGAGCUAUAGUCAACCAACAAAGAUUAUUUGUUGUUCAACUGUUUGAGCUACAUAGGUUGAUAAAGGUUCAGAAACUAAUUGCAGGAUUACCUCAACCAAUGGUCGAAGAUGAAGCAUUCAUAGGAAAACCACAAAAAGUUUCUCCAAUUCCUGUAGACUUUGUCCUGAAAUCAUCCACACACAUAAUACCAAACAUCAAAGAUUACCAUGAAAACCCAAAGGAGGACACGAGGGAAUUCUCAGCUGAAAAUGAUUUUGAGAAGACGCACAUACAAACAUCUCUUUCUUUUGUCCAAAACAACAGUGGACCCAGGGCCAUGUUUUCAGGGUACCAAUCGUUACCACCAUCUGACCCAAGAAUGUGUCCGUGGGGCCUGACUCAUCAACAUCAUCCACCUGGACAUCAAUGGCUAAUUCCCGUUAUGUCCCCCUCUGAAGGACUUAUUUACAAACCUUAUUACCCUGGAGCACCACCACCCAUGUUUGGUCAAAACAUGGUCAACCAUGGGGUUCCACAACAGCCUCAUUACCAAUGGCCUACCGGGUUCGUUCCUCCACCGGCCCAUGGUUACUUCCCGCCUUAUGGCAUGACAGAAAUUAACACAUUUGGAUAUGGUGGUGAGGAUAUGAAUAUGAACCACCCCCAAACAAGGUACAAGUCAGUAGAUGCGUGCAACAAUAAUAGUGAGGUACAAGUGAGUAAUGCAAGUAGUUUUUCAAGUGAUAGAUUAGAAAAACCAUAUGUCCUUCCUUUUUUCCUCAUGUGUUCUCCAACAGUUGAGGGGGAGGGGAGUCGUGUUAUAAGAGUUGUACCUCGUAAUGCACAGUUGGCGAAUGAGUCGGUGGCCCGCAUUUUUCAGUCUAUACAGGAUGAGAGAAAGAGAUAG